AUGGGGCGCAUUGCGCGGCUGGAGCUCGAGAACUUCAAGUCGUACGGCGGCGCGCACGUGGUGGGGCCCUUCCAGCGCUUCACGGCGCUGGUGGGGCCCAACGGCAGCGGCAAGAGCAACCUCAUAGACGCCAUCUCGUUCGUGCUGGGCGUGCACUCGCGCCAUUUGCGCUCGACGCAGCUCAAGCACCUGAUCCACAAGGCCCCAAGUGACGACGACACAACCAGCGCCCGCGCCGCCGCCGUCACGCUCGUCUACGAGCUGGCGGACGGCGAGGCGCCUCCCUCCGCCUCUCAAAAGAAGGUGCGGUUCACGCGCCUCAUCUCGGAGAAAGGUGUGGGCUCGUACCGCAUCGACGCGCGCGACGUCAGCGCCGAGACGUACCAGGCGCAGCUCAAGGAGCUCGGCAUCCUGGUCAAGGCGCGCAACUUUUUGGUCUUCCAGGGGGACGUCGAGAGCAUCGCCAGCAAGAGCCCGGACGAGCUCACCAAGUUCUUCGAGCAGAUCUCCAUGUCGGACGAGCUCAAGGCCGAGCCAGGCUCAGAAAAAGAAAAGCUCUCACAGCAGCUGGACCGAGUCACAAACAAGCUGCGCGACCUGAAAGGCGACAAGCGGCAGUCGCAGGCAGAAGCGCGCCAGGCAGAGACACUGGAGACGCUGAAAAGAGUGUACCCCGGUGUUCGUGGCCGCCUCGUAGAUCUGUCCAAGCCGAUCCAACGCAAGUACAACAUGGCCGUGACCGUGGCGACUGGAAAGCACAUGGAUGCAAUUGUGUAUCUCCGUGAGUCUCGUGCAGGUAGCGCGCAGUUUAUUCCUCUGGAUAAGAUCCGUGUAAAGCCUAUCAAUGAGCGCUUUCGUGGUCUGGGCUACAAUAUCAAGAUGGUCGUCGACGUGAUUGAAUGCGACGCGGAGAUUGAGCCGGCGUUGCACUAUGCAGUUGGUGAUACUGUUGUAUGUGACUCUAUUGACAUCGCCCGGGACCUGUGCUUCCAUCGGAACGAGAAGGUGAAAGCUGUGACAUUGGACGGAAUGGUGGAGGUGGGGGCCUUGCAGCAACAAAAAGAUGAUCUCAUCGACACAAUCCGCGCAAUGGAGCGGCAUGGUGCUUCGUACGCAAAGUUGCAAUCGUUACGGACACAACUGGAGGGGUUGAGAAGCCGACUCAGUCAUGCUAAGGCAGACUUGGUGAUUACUGAAACAAAACGACCAAAGAUUCAAGCGCGAAUUGAUGAGGCCAAGAAGCGAAUGGCCGAGAUCAUCGAGCCUGAGCUUCAGAAAUAUGGAGGGGCGGUCAGCUCUCGUAAGGGUAGCAUUGCGGCGUUGCAGGAGCAAAUCAAUGGGGUAGAGGACGAAAUGUUUGCAGAUUUCAGCGAGGCUGUUGGUGUCGAGAGCAUUCGAGUCUAUGAAGAGAAGGUGUUGAAGCGACACCACAAGGCAAUAGAGAUGCGGCGCAAAAUUACGGAGCAUGAAGCCAAACUCCGUGCUCAGAAGGAAAGGAAGGAGCAAGAAGGACUACGCAAGAACUUGUCAGCAAAGGUGGAGGAGCUUGAGAAGGAGCUUCGGGAAAUCGGCAGCAAGAAAGCCAAAUACGAAGAAAGAAAGGGCAAAAUUCAAAGAAGAAUUGCUUCGGAGGAGAUCGUACUGGAGCGCCUGAAGGAUCACAAGACGGGGAUUUUUAAGCGGGCGUCGCUGGAUCAGGUCACACUACCAACUAUUGCUUAUCAAUCCUCAAACGGCACCGAAGAUGUCGAGAUGGAAGAAGCCAAUGCGACCGUGAUCGACUCGACGUACAAGCAGCUUGCGAAGAACUCCAAGCACCCUCUGGGAGCCACGGCGUACUUGAAUCUGGAGAACGCCGAGGAGCCCUACCUGAACGGAAUGAAGUACAAUGCGAUGCCCCCGAUGAAGCGCUUCCGCGAGAUGGAACAAUUGUCAGGUGGCGAGAAGACCGUUGCUGCUCUAGCUCUCCUCUUCGCGAUCCACAACUACCGUCCGUCUCCAUUCUUCGUGCUCGACGAAGUGGACGCCGCACUGGACAACGCGAACGUGAACAAGGUGUCGACGUACAUUGCCAAUUGCGACUUCCAGUGCGUGGUGAUCUCGCUAAAGGACUCAUUCUACGAGAAGGCUGACGCGCUCGUCGGCGUCUGCAAGAACAUCACGCUGCAACAAUCCAAGUCGAUGACGCUGGAUCUCACCAAGUUUGACUAA